AUGUCCGUGCUUUGGCGAGCAUUUGUCGAUGCCAUCGGCAUCCUAAGGUGGUCGGGUACCCCGCCGUGUGGAGACCCUGGAGCGUUCGCGGCCGAAGGAAUUGCCAACCGCUUCUCGCACAAAAUAGCGUAUACUCUCUUUAGUAGCAGCCUCGUGGACUACGCUGACAAAUACCGUGGUAUGCAAGCCGUCGUGAUGAACGAGUUUGAAGCCUUCGCCGGCAUCACCCUCAAAGACGUCCAGGGUGGAGGUUAUUACAUAGUACCCCCCUAUUUCAUCGAUAGCGUCAUUCAUCUGGCCGGUUUUAUCAUGAACGUGUCCGAUGCAAGUGACACCGCGAAAACAUUUUGUGUAACCCCUGGAUGGGAUAGUAUGCGCUUCGCUCGGUCUCUGGUCGCGAGCCAAAAGUACAGGUCCUAUGUCAAGAUGAUCCCGACAGAGGCCGACCCAUCUGUGUACCCUGGUGAUGUAUAUGUCUUCCAGGACGGUGUGAUUAUGGAAAUAGUUGGAGGCAUGCAGUUCCGCCGCUACCUACGCAUUCUGAUGAACCGUUUCUUUGCUGCACCAGACUCCUCGGUUGCUAUGUCUUAUACUGCCGCCAGCUUUUCUAGUCCUGCUGUGCCGGCACCGGCCCCUGCUCCAGCUGUAUCUCAGCCUAAGCCUACAGUGUACGACAUCGCUAAACCUUUAGCACCACGCCCUAUCCCUGUCCCUGUACCGACGAAUGCACCUAUACCAACUGCCCCUGCUGCAAUUGACUCGGACAGCACAUCAAGCAAGGCCUUGGUCUUAAUUGCUAGAGAAGCCGGCCUUGAUCUAUCUGACCUCGUUGACGAUGCUGCAUUUGCGGGUAUUGGAGUAGAUAGUCUGAUGAGUCUGGUGAUUGCAGAGAAGUUCCGUGAGGAACUGGGUAUUGUUGUUGCGGGAAGUUUCUUCUUGGAGUAUCCCACAGUCGGUUCUUUGAGGUCAUGGUUGGAAGAGUAUUAUAGUUAG